AGGGGCAAAGCCGAGGGUGCCUGGGAGCAGCGGGCGUGGGGCAGUGCCAAUGUCCCUAUGUUAACUAGUUGAGACAAAAAUAAGUAUGGCCUUUUACAGUUAUAAUUCAGUCUUAGCUGUUGCUCGAACAAGAUACUCCAGCCAUUUUGUCCAUCCUACCUGCUCUUUUUAUUCCCCAUCAUGUGCAUUUCUUCACUUGCCAGAUUCCCAUUUAAAUAAGACAUGUUUGAAGAACUAUGGGAGCAAGAAGUACUCAGAUCCUAGUCAGCCAGGCAAUACAGUACUUCACUCACAAACUAGACUAAUGCAAAAGCUACACACAUCCACUUGCUGGCUGCGAGAGGUUCCUGGCAAACCUCAGCUGGAGCAAGCCACAAAAGAUCCACAGGUGACAAGCCCUCAGGCCACAAAAGAAACUGGCACAAAGAUUAAAGAAGGCGAGCAAUCUUACAGACAAAAAAUCAUGGAUGAACUUAAAUAUUAUUACAAUGGAUUCCACUUACUUUGGAUUGACACCAAAGUUGCUGCCAGAAUGGUUUGGAGGCUGUUGCAUGGACAGGUCCUGACCAGACGAGAGAGACGAAGGCUGUUGAGAACUUGUGUUGAUUUCUUCCGCCUGGUUCCAUUUAUGGUGUUCAUAAUUGUACCCUUCAUGGAAUUCUUAUUACCAGUGUUUCUGAAACUCUUCCCAGAGAUGUUGCCAUCAACUUUUGAAAGUGAAUCCAAAAAGGAAGAAAAACAGAAAAAGAAAAUGGCUGCAAAGUUGGAAAUAGCAAAAUUUCUUCAAGAAACCAUGACAGAAAUGGCAAGGAGGAACAGAGCCAAGAUGGGCGAUGCCUCUACACGGCUCUCAUCCUACGUGAAGCAGGUCCAGACAGGCCACAAGCCCAGCACAAAGGAGAUAGUUCAAUUUUCCAAACUGUUUGAGGACCAGCUGGCCCUGGAGCACCUAGAUCGCCCUCAGCUGGUUGCCCUUUGCAAACUGCUGGAAUUGCAGACGUUUGGAACCAACAACCUGCUACGCUUUCAGCUCCUGAUGAAACUGAAGUCUAUAAAAGCAGAUGAUGAAAUAAUUGCCAAGGAAGGGGUGAAGGCAUUGAGUGUAUCAGAACUACAGGCUGCCUGUAGGGCCCGAGGGAUGAGAUCACUGGGUCUCACAGAGGAACAAUUGCGACAACAGCUCACAGAGUGGCAGGACCUCCACCUGAAGGAGAAUGUCCCUCCUUCCCUUUUGCUCCUGUCUCGUACCUUCUACCUGAUAGAUGUGAAGCCCAAGCCAAUUGAGAUACCACUCAGUGGAGAGGCUCCAAAGACAGAUAUUCUUGUGGAAUCACCUACUUUCACUGAAUCUAAAGAGAACAUGGUGGAUCUUGCACCUCAACUGAAGGGAACUAAGGAUGAAGACUUUAUACAGUCGCCACCAGUUACAUCACCCAUAACACCAUCAACACCUCUUUCAUUACCUAAAGGAUCCAUCACUACUUCUAAAGAAGCUACACUCCAGGCCAAAUCACAAAAGACAGAACAGCAAGGCUAGUUCAAAGGAUCAUAAGGACUGCUUGAGAAUGGAGCUCACUCUCUCCAGCUUCUGGCCCUCAACAGUGGAAUCUUUAAAGGACCUCCCAGCUAAGACUCUGUCUGGCUUCAGAGCGAGGAUCAGCCGUUUAGCCCUUGGGGCAGUCCUUUGAGGCCUUGUAACCAUUCCAGGUGAUGUGAGUAGUGAGACCAAGUUCAGAUCAUUUAGAAAAAUAUAAUUGCAAAGUCCAUUCCUCUGUACCAUUGCCACCCCACUCACCUUUGUGUAAAGCCCGCCCCCCA